AUGGCAGGCUCGAGGAGGAGUCCUCGUUUGAGGCAGUUUGGUGACUUUCUCGAGGCCAGAACUGAUUCUCUUCCUUCUGUGCAACGGUGGGAUGGUGCUGCAAGGACAUGUACUGACUGGGACAACAUCCGCCGGGACCCGGAACUCUGGUUCAGGAAUGGAAACUGUCUGGUUCACUUAUAUGGAAGAGGACAGUCAAGAAGAGGCCCUUCAUUCAAGGUGCCCUUCUCAGCCCUACUGGAGACACAAUGUUACCCUCUCAUACAGCGAUUCCUCUUCUGGGAGGGUAUUCAGACCCCGAAUGUACGAGAACUCAUCCUCUGGAGUCGAAGGAACCCCACACGAAAAGUCGAGCUGUAUAUCCCACCGCCACCGACGACAGACAAGACACAGGCAUUCCACUACCACUUGGCAACUCGCAACUUUUUCGCAUGGGUGUUUCGGAGAUCAAUGGUCGGAUCAAGCCUCGGCGGCGCCCUCAUCGGACUCCUUCACAGCAUGCACGAGUUUCGCUCCGGCGUUGAUGAUAACGUGGCGGACAUGAUGGACUACUUUGACGAGGAGGGUUACUUGGACAUGGCUAACCAGCCUAACCACGCCUUGGCGAUGCUGCAACUGGCCGAGUUUUUUGAGAUGAAGGAGCUUUACGUCAGAGCGUUUGCUCACUGCGUUGGAAUGAGUGAUCGCCUCUUUAACAGUCCCAUCUUUCAGGAACUCAGCCCUGAGUCGCGCAAACUCAUUCGCAAGGGUCGGAUAGAGAUGGAAUACCGACUGACUCAGUCGACGACCAUGCUCAAGACGUUUCUCGACGAUGAACUCUCCGAGGCGCACCUGAGCGUUUCGGCUGGCGCUCUAGCUCACCUUGAGAGGUUUCGAAGCUUUCUCUUGUCAUUUUACACGACAAAGAUGGGGUAUUACCCGCCUACUACUGUUGAACCAGAUAUCGAUAUUUUCGAUCCUCGCAUUUAUAGGAUCAUGCGUGAGGAUUUUGAGGCUCUUUAUGACCUCUUGGUUGAUGAUGGGUUCACUUCUACUUCUACCAUGCCCCCAACAGCUCAUGGAGGCAUCUGCACAUUACAACUAGUGCAAUCAUUUGAUCUUCAACGAGACUACACCCCUCUCGAACAUCCUCUCCCUCUACUUCCCGACAACAACCAUGGCUCCCGCCGGAUGUCAUGGUUUCCUGGACGCGUCACCCUCCGGUCGGAUCGCCGGGUCACGGCUCAUGCGGCACUGACCAAUGCGUCCAACCUGCUGAAACCGGGCGUGUCCCAGAACGACCUCGUGCGAGCCUACCGGAGAUUCGAGGAGGAUUCCAUCAUGUCGCCGAAUAAAGCAGACAAGCAGGAAAAAGUGUCACUCGCUGACGCUCGCAAGGUCCGGUGGAUCUUGAUCUAUGCCGUCUGUCAGGUUCUUCGGACCGCGACUGAUGUGCCGCCCGAGGUUGAGGAGGAUCGCGAUGAGGCUAGUUACAGCCUCUGUAUUUCUACUGAUAAUAUCCCGCCUUGGAGUACUCCUCGUGAGAUGGGUCAUAUUCUUCGGCGGCAGACACAGAUUGUUACUGGUUUCGACUGGAGUGUGCAUGAGGAUUCGCACAUGGAGGAGUCAAGUGGCAAGAUUGAGAUCAAGCCUGAUAUUGACUAUUUCGCUCUUACUCACAAGGAGCGCCCUUCAAGUCACUGUGGUUCUGGCAAUAUUGAACGCCGAGCUUCACUUCCUGCACGCCCAUCACGGUCAAACUCGGUGACCCAGGCCCUCAGUCGUUCUUCGACUAUACGACGCUCUAUGCGCAUGUUCAAGUCUUCACCGGCUAGCACACCUCCGCAGACGGUGACGCCGCCUUCGCGACCCAUGUACCACGAGAUCGUUAUACAUGGGUAUGGCAAUGGCACUAACGACGUGAACUUGGAGUCUGAGGAGCCGCAUAUCGAUGCUACAGGAUGGCCACAGAGGAGUGACUCGACAGGGUCAAAGGGGGAUGAACUCGUGGCAUCACCCGAGAGUAUGGAGAGCAAUGACGACACGAUUGACUCUCCUCUCGAUACACCUCCCAUCGUGGAGUACUACGUUGAGCCUCCUAUACCCAAGGACGUCAAGGCACGACGUGAAAAGAGACGUGAUGUCAUGUCCAUGGUUGCGCGCUCCGUCUCGGGCCGCGUCUCCAAGCGACGGCCCAUCAGCGCCCUCUUCUCCGACAGUUCCAGAUACGCCGAAAACGUGGAACACAUGGUUGAGCGUCACAGCUCACUCGGCGGCAAGUCUAGACGCCAUAGCAUGCUCCCCGAUCUCCGUCGCAAGGGCGGCCUAUCCCGCAGCGCCACAUUGCCAUCCCGCGCGAACGGAGAGGAGGAGCCAUAUAUCCUUCAUGAAGACUCUGACUGGACAGUCAUGCAGACAUUUGUAGAGAGGGAGGAUGACGAGAUGUUGUCGGCCUGGGAUGAAUACGCAGGUUUGGGAGGAUUGACGGAUAUGAGUCGUUGA